UAGUGCAUAUCGACUGCACCUGAUACCAGAACUCUCACAGUCACUCACGAUCCGAACUCGGAAGGGCCAGUAGAAUCGGUCCCGCUCCGAGUCCUGCAGUUUCUGUCGAGAGCUUAGAGCAGAACAGCGUCAGACUUAUCGCGAAAGCACCUUUCGGUUGUUUCGCAGUCGUGUGAUCAUUCAAUUAUGGGUAGUGCUGAGAAAAUGCGGACGAAACGACGGUUCACCUUCGAGCAAUCUAUGCUUAUACUCAAAUAUUCGGUGGCUCCAAUAGCAUGUUGGCCACUGCCAGCGGAAGCUAGUGCUUCGGAAGUUCGAUUGCGCAAUAUCUGGUGGUGGUUCGCAUUUGUUCAUACUGCUUUGUCUAGCUUCGGUUGGAUCUGGAAUAUUUAUCUGAACACGGACAACUUCGAGAUCGCAAUGAAAUCUGUUUCGGAAUUGUUCCCUUUGCUCGCUAUUUGCUUGAAAAUGGUUAUCUGCAGAAUAGAGGCAUCCCGAUUGCAGGAAUUGCUGGCCGAAAUGAACUGGUUUCUGAAAAACGCUACGACAGAAGAAUGGGAACUGCUUAUGCGAUACUACGACAAACACUUCGCUUCGCAUUCAACUUUUUUCGUCGUAACGUGUGUGACAAUAUUGUACUACAUAUUUGAACCCGCGGUGAUAUCAGACCAGAUCUUUCCAGCAACAGUUUCAUAUCCGUUUUCCGUUGAACCCUUUUGGAUUUGGGCAACUAUAUAUGCUUCGCUCAUCGUUCUUGCAGUGCAAAUUGGAAGUAUGUUAUUGAUAGACUUGAUGUAUGCCACUUUACUUUGGUACGCUAGUGCCAAAUUCGAAUUUUUGGCAAUCGAAUUUUCAAACGCAACCAACGAGGAUGAAUUCGGACGCUGCGUUAGAAAACAUCAAGAACUGAUGGAGUACUUCGUAAAAUUUCGGAUCAGCAUUGGCAGAAUGGCUGUGGUAAUGAUCGCCGUAGCCAUGUCUGCCGUUUCCACUGGAGGUUUUAUGCUGAUUCGCGAUAUACCGUUGAUUGAUUUCGUGAAGUAUGUUAUCUUCGAAUUUGUCGCCGGGAUUCAGGUGUUGCUGUUCGCCUGGCCAUCGGAUCGUAUAUUAGAAAUGGGUGAAAGAAUGCGUCAUUCGGUCUACAACUGCGCAUGGAUAGGCAAAUCACCGCGUAUGCUGAAAGACAUGAUUAUCGUUUUGCAACAAGCGAAGAAUCCACCGAUCAUCACCAUUGAAGGAUUUCUACCCAUCUUGUCACUUGAGUUCUUCGGAAAUAGCGUGAAACUGAGAAAUUCAGCCUACGGAUGCGCCUGGAUUGGCAAUUCUCGAAAAAUGGUCAGAGAUCUGAUCAUUGUUUUGCAGAGAUCGCAACGUCCAUUGAUAAUCACCAUGGCCCAUUACGCACUUUGUUCGCAGGCGAAUUUGACGAAUCGAAUUUCGUAUGGCCCCAAUCAAGAUUUAGGUACUACCAUAGUGAUAGUCAACGUAACGGCUGUCAACAAAGUUGUCCUAAUCAAUGGAAUUGACCUUCACUACCACCAAGUUAUGCUUUCGUUGCCGUUACGCGCUCUAAUUCCAUGCAUAUCGACUGCACUUGAUACCAGAACUAUCACAGUCACUCCCGAUCUGAGCUCGGAAGGGCCAGUAGAAUCGGUCCCGCUCCGAGUCCUGGAGUUUCUGUCGAGAGCUCAGAGUAGCACAGCGUCAGACUCAUCGCGAAAACACCUUUUGGUUGUUUCGGGUUCGUGUAACUAUUCAACCAUGGAUAGUGCUGAGAGAUUGACGACGAAACGUCGAACCACCUUCGAGCGAUCUAUGCUUAUACUCGAAUAUUCAACUUGGCCAACGGGAUGUUGGCCAUUGCCUGCGGAUGCUAGUGCGUCCGACAUUCGGGGUCGCAAUAUCUGGUGGUGGUUUUCAUUGUUUCAUUCAACUAUUUCUACCGGUGGUUGGUUCUGGAAUAUCUAUCUGAACACGAACAACUUUGAUGUUGCAAUGAAAUCUAUUUCGGAACUGUGCCCUCUGACCGCUGUGUUCCUGAAACUGGUCACCCUCAGAUUAGACGCAACCCGAUUGCAGGUUUUGCUGGCCGAAAUGGACCUGUUUCUGAAAAAUGCCACAGCAGAAGAAUGGGAACUGGUGAUGCGAUACUACGACAAAUACUUCGCACCGCAUUUCGUCAUCUUCGUUAUAACGGUUUGCACACCAUUGUGCUACGUAUUCGAACCCGCGGUGAAUUCAAAACAACUAUUUCCAGGAACAGUUGCAUAUCCGUUUUCCGUUGAACCCUUUUGGAUUUGGGCAACUUUAUAUACAUCGCAUAUCGUUCUUUCAGCGCAAAUUGGAAGUAUGUUAUUGAUAGACCUUAUGUAUUCCGUUUUACUCUGGUUUACUGGUGCCAGAUUUGAAUUGUUAGCAAUCGAAUUCUCGAACGCCAACAACGAGAAUGAAUUCAGACGCUGCGUUAAAAAACAUCAAGAUCUGAUGGAGUCCUUCGUGAAAUUGAGGAUCACCACGGGCAGAAUGGCCGUGGUAGUGGUUUCCCUGGCCGUUUUUGCCGUUUCGACCGGAGGCUACAUACUGAUUCGCAAACCACCAGUGUUCGAGUUUGGAAAGUAUGUUUUCUUCGAGUUCCUCGGUUUGAUUCAGGUGUUUCUAUUCGCCUGGCCGUCGGACCAUAUAUUGGAAAUGGGUGAAAGAAUGCGUCAUUCGGUCUACAAUUGCGCGUGGGUAGGCAAACCACCGCGUAUGCUCAAAGACAUGAUUAUCGUUUUGCAACGAGCGAAGAAUCCACCGAUCAUCUUCAUUGAAGGAUUUCUACCCAUCUUGUCUCUUGAGUUCUUCGGAAAUAAUCGCUUCCGAUCCGAUGUAGUAUUCCAAAUGGCACUCAUGGUUUGCCGAAAAUUUCUCCCGGAACUGCAUAUUGCAGACAUCGAAACUGAUUUCAGAUAUUCAAUACUUGUAUUUACGCUAAAUCCUCCAAAGUUAUUACUUUUCGCGUUAAUCGGAAGGUACUCAAUUCCUACUAUGAUAUGGAAUAAUCAGGAUUCAACAGAUACGCAUUUUUCAUUACCUAUUAUGAUCUUGCAACUUUUCGUGUUUGCCUGGCCGGCGGACAACCUGAUCGAUUUGAGCGUGAAACUGAGAAAUUCAGCCUACAGAUGCGCCUGGAUUGGCGAUUCUCGAAAAAUGGUCAGAGAUCUGAUCAUUGUUUUGCAGAGAUCGCAACGUCCAUUGAUAAUCACCAUGGGGGGUAUAGUUCCCAUAUUGUCGCUUGAAUUUUUCGGAGGCACUAUCGCAGCUAGUUUCUCCUACCUGACGACAUUGCGUGCCAAGGCCGUUAAAUUGUGAGGAGGAUCGGAAACAUGAUGAGCCAAUUCCCAGCGGCAUGUUCGACUUCAACUACUUCCACUCUUCGGCCAUAUC